GAGAUGGGUCGCCCUCUUAAGGGGGCUGCGAUUUAGCCUUGAGAAGAGGAGGCUGAGGGGGGACCAUAAGGUCUGAAAGGAGGUUGUAGAGUGGAGGGAGCUGGCCUCGUUCUCCUAAGUGACAGGGGACGGGACAAGGGGGCGUGCCCUCGAGCUGCGCCAGGGGAGGGUCAGACUGGAUAUCACGAAAAACUUCUUCACAGAAAGGGUCAUUGGGCACUGGCAGAGGCUGCCCAGGGAGGUGGUGGAGUCACCAUCCCUGGAGCUGUUUAAAAGACGGGUAGAGGAGGUGCUCAGGGACAUGGGUUAGUGGCGGAUGGGAAUGGACUCGAUGAUCCCAGAGGUGUUUUUCAACCUAGUGAUUCUAUGAUUUAGAUGAGACAUUGGGAAGAAACUCUUCACGGUGCAGUGGCCUGUUGGCAGGAAGAAGGCCGUGUUGCCGUCUGGCUGCGCAUCCCCAUCUUCCAGAGCGGGUUUGUGACCACAGCUGCUGCACAAGGGUUUGGUUUCCAUCACGCCGAGCAGGAUGCAUCCACCCUGACGCUGUGGCUGGGAGAAGGGCCCAGCAGACUGCCGGGGUUUGCCACCCACCAGGUGGGCGUUGCAGGUGCUGUUUUAGAUGAAAGCUCUGGAAGGGUGUUGGUCGUCCAAGACAGAAAUAAGACUCUAAAUGCGUGGAAAUUUCCAGGAGGUCUGUCUAAUCCAGGCGAAGACAUUGGAGACACAGCAGUUCGAGAGGUGUUUGAAGAGACUGGCAUCAAGUCAGAGUUCAAGUCCAUCCUAAGCAUAAGACAGCAACACAAACACCCCGGAGCCUUUGGCAAGUCGGAUAUGUACAUCAUCUGUCGCCUGGAGCCCUCUUCCUUCAACAUUAGCUUCUGCCAGCAGGAGUGCCUGAAGUGUGAAUGGAUGGACCUCGACGAGCUCGCCAGGACGAAACACGCUACUCCUAUCACCAGCAACAUAGCUAAACUCUUAGUUUAUGGAUACCGGGAAGGGUUUGAUAAGAUUGAUAUAAAAAUGAGAGAGUUCCCAGCUGUUUACACAGGCCUGUUCUACAAACUAUAUCACAGGGAGCUGCCCGAGUCCUAUAGAAACCUUACAUCAUAACAGUAACUUUCACAUUUCAUUAUAACAACAAUAAUUUAGAAAUGUUAUUGUAGCGUUAUUUAGACCAUAGUAAAACUAUCUAUGGACUUUUUUUUAGGUAAUUAUUAGAAAGUAAUUAUUUACUCUAUUCUCUAAUAUGCUAUAGAGAUAUAAAUUAGUUUAAAAGGUAAAUAUUCCUGUAAGUGUGCAUCAGAUUUAUCUUCCUUUACUCUGUAAAGCAAACAAAGUAAAUAAAGUAGCUCUACAUAGGUACUUAGCCGAAAACAGAAGUGUUACUGAAAAUAGAUUUUCGAAGUAAUUUUACCUCCACACACACUGGCACAAUAGGUGUAAAGAGCAAUAUAAGCACAGUAUGAAACAUUCCUGUUUUAAUCUGAUAUCUGCAAAAGUAGUUCAUAUAUCAGCAAAUAAUUGUUUAUGGUUUUGGUAAUUUGGAGAGGAGCAGGAAACUCAGCUUCUUCAGUGUAGUGUAGUG